AAAGCAAUGUAAGUAUUUGGCCCUGAUGCGGGAUCAAUCCAUGAGGAGAAUGUGCAACGUUUAGCUUCAAUGACUCCGGCGGAAAUAGAAGAAGAGAGAAAUAAUUUACUCGCCAACAUAGAUCCAUCACUUGUUGAGUUUCUUAAAUCAAGAAAAUCAUUACAAGCAACUCAAAGAAUCAAGAGAGAAUCACAGAACCAACCUUCAAAUUCCCAUGCAAUGGAUGAAAGUGAGGUGGUCAGACAAACAGCUGCUGCAGAGUUAGUCAACAAGUUCCCCCACAUGGAUGUUGUGGAGCCGGAGAAACUAAAGUGGAUGGAGAAUGUCCCCCCGUCCAAACCUCCCCCUUCCGGUUGUCCCUACAACGCUAGGUUCAACUUUGACGGUGAACUUUUGCCGUACUGUGAAGAGCAGACGACAGAAGGUCUCCAUCAUCAUGGAGAUGAGCCAGAGCGACCGGGAUAUACAUUACAGGAACUGAUGCAACUCAGUCGAUCCUCCAUGCUGCAGCAGAGAAUCACUGCAAUAUCUACACUCUCAAAUAUCUUUGUAAAGGCUAGCGACUAUGACUACUGCCUAGAGAAGCCUCUUCUUCCCCAGUUGCUGGACUCUGAGCUCUACUUGUUGCUGAGAUUUACGCUGGAUGACUCUGUCCGCUCCGUUGUAUCUGCUGCGCUCGCAGCUAUCAGCAACUUAUUAGUCAAUAUCAAAGAUGAGGGAUGCUUAGAUCGCUUGUUAGGUCUGGCUACAGGCUUGCGCCAGCCUUCACUUUUUGUCCAACUGGAUCUGAAACCAACUGAAUUAGCUGAACUUAAGGAUACAGAGUUACUCAAAGUUGAUGUCAUCAAAGGAGCUCUAAGGACUCAUCUGUUGCCAAGGUUCAGAUACAUCAUGGACAAGUUAAAUCCUGAGCCAGUAGAGAUAGGUCACAUAUCCAGGUGUCUAGUCCGUAUUGCCAGACAUUCUCCUGAGGCUGCUACAGAGAUCUGCAACUCUCCUGGUCUGCUAGGGGCUGUUCGUAGGUUCUUGGAAGAAGGUCCUCCAAGAGCUUGUUCUGAAGCUCUGAAACUGUUUAGAGUCAUCUCAAGUCAAUCCCAGAGCUUGGCCACUCAUCUGUUUGAGACUUAUAAUCUAAUGGACGUCAUACAACGCUUCAUUGCUGGGAGUCGGGAUGAAACGAGCAUGAGCCUAGUGUUGGAAAGUUUUUACACCUGGCAGUCCUUCCUAGCUUACCAUUUGGCAGUCGGAUGUGUUGGGCCAUUCACAUCAGUGAUACAGAGACUACUAGUGACUCACGCAGACAACACCAACAUUGGUGACAGUAGUGGAGGUGACCUAGAGCAUGCCACAGCUGUAGUGUCGUGGGUCACUGCAGUACUGAGGGUAGACAUCAGCUCUGUGUCUUGCCUAUUACCUACACUGCAUCUUUGUACCCUCAAAUGGCUCUCACAGGCUGCACACGCUUCAGGCUUCAAGAUCUCUUUCCAGUGGGCUGGCUGCAAAUUACUGGAAUCUGUAUUGAAUGCCGUGGCUUUAAACGUAAAGCUUCAGGACUUCAAGAGCAACGAAAUUCAUCAGAAAGUUGAAUCAUUUUUAAGCUCUGAGAACUUUGUAUUGCUGUCACAACAAUUAAGAAAGUGUUCGUGGUUGCUGGAAGGUGAAAAGUCGCCAUCAGUAGUGGAAAGUUUACCAUGUCUAGGGUCUAUAUCUCCUACACUGUAUGACCACAGCCCACUGCCUGUAAUGAUGGGAUUAGCUGUCUAUGUUUAUGCGAUACGUUCACCACAGUUGUCGGAAAAGUUUGCCACGACAGAAGGAAUCCAGAAAUACUUAGAGGAGGUUGUUACUGGAGGAGUUAGAACCACAACGUCACAUUGGUUCGCACGCCAGGAAAUCGUUCUUUUGUACACUCUUCUACAAAUCCACCUCAACACUCAAAAUCCAGUUGAAGGCAGUUUAGUUCACCAGGCAGCUUUGUUUCUGUCCACUUCUAUCCAUGCAGACGAUCGCUACAUGCUCUCUGAUCUGUUCACCCAAGUAAUCUUCAACAAACACUUUUUUGGGGCAGAUAUCAAUGAUAUAUCAACUCAGCUGGAAGGACUACAUCUCAACUCAGACGCUCAGAAUGUACCUGACAAGAAAACUAAACUACUUACUGAAGCGUUGGAUAGUUUAGAGACAAUCUGUGGCUGUUACCAGAGAGAGUUUGCGCUGGAGGGGUUGGGUCACAUCUCUCCCCCUCCCUCCCUCACAGCAUCCCCCCGAGGUACAGAAUCAGCUUUACCAGCUGACUGGCUAUACCUACCUCUGGUACAUCUCAACAAUAUAGAUGGUAAGCGUGGUGAUGCGCUCAGUGUAGCUACCAGCUGUCUACAAUGGUGCGUGGUACUAGAAUGUCUGCGACCUGACUUUCUCUCUCACCUUCCACCAGCGUCUAGAUUUUGCAGGCUAGCAUGUGUGCUGCUUGCAGGCAAUGACUUGUUCCGAGAUGUGAGGGAUUGGCUGAACGAGGCUCUACAGGCUUUGUUGGUUCAUGACAAACAAAUGAAAUUCAACAAACCAAUCCCUGGACUUCAGUCAUUUUAUGAUUUCUAUCGCCAGAUAUUGGAGCAGUUUGUGGGAGUGUCGUACGGAGACGUAGUGUUCGGACAGUUUGUGUUGAUCCCGCUACAACAGAGACAUGACAUCAGACUGAAGAAACUAGUGUGGUGUGAGCUAGGGGCUGUGUUGAGGUUCCUGUCUACACCAACGGAUCAGGUUGGUGUUCCUAUUAAAAACUUUUUGGAACCCUGCGAAACAGAUGCUGAUCUUCUACACAUUUAUCUGAGGUCUAUUGCUCAAGGUCGUGUUAGGCAGACAUUUUGUCCCGUGUUGUUCAAAGUAGCAGUUCACCAUGUGGCUACGUUCAUAUCUCUCUACCCUGACGAAGGACCAGCCAGAAAACUGAAGCAGAUGGUCGAUGCUCUAGGAAACCAGGAACUCAAGAAUUUACUGCAAAACUAUAACUCUGAACAGAAUCAAUCAAGGAUGGAUGAGUAAUUUAAAUAUUUAAGUUAUUAACAUAACUUAAUUUACAUUAAGUUGUAUUAUGUACAUAAAUAGAAUGUUUAUA